AUGUCUCUGUGGCGCUUGCUGUUCGUGGUGGUGCUGUUGCUCUUUGACACGACGGCACUGGGACGCAAGGUGAAGCGCAAAGAAGGCCAUUACCAUCUCAACGUACCACCUCCGCCGCCUCCCCAGUCCUUGCAGACUGAAACGCAUUCCGCACCAAUCGAACAUGAAGUACCGCCCUAUACUUUCGAGGCCAUAAAUCACGAUGAGUUCGCUGCCCCGCCUAGUCCUAGCCUGCACGCGCAGAUUUCACGCUACGAGAGCAUCAAUUAUGGCGGAAGCGGGGGCUUCCUGGUGGAUAACGGCCUACGCAGCAUAGCCAAGGGAUCCGCGGAUCAGGCCAUUUCCGCUGUAGCCAAUCAAAAUGCGGCAGGCAAGCAGGCCUCGUAUGUGGCAAAAAGCACACUCGCCCAGGCUGCAGCUCAAGCAGCCGGCACAGCAGUUGCCGUGCUCAAGGGCAAGGAAGUGCUCCUGCGUCGACUGGAAGAGCAGAGCGCCGAGGCGCACAAGGCCAUGGAGAACGAGUUGGCGCAACUGCAGCAGGCCAAACGCUCGGCCAAGGCGGCCCAGUAUGCAGCCCAGCAGGCCAUCAACCAUGUCAGUGUGCUCACUGCUGCGCUAAAUAAUGCACAGUCCUCCUCCGAACUGGCCCAGAAAGCCGCCUCCGAAGCUGCCGCUGAACUAGCCUCCCAAAUCGAUAUGGUGGCUCAAGCCAAGGGUAAGCUGGAGCAGCUGGAAUCACACACCUAUACGGCUCGCCUUGACUACGAGGAGACGCGCGAUGCAGCGGAGAAGGCAACGCUUUCGGCGCAGGAAGCCCAACUGAACGCCAACGAUGCAGCUCUACAUGCCAACGCAGAGCUGAGUGAAGCGGUACUCAUCCAUGACAAGAGCGACCACAACGUGGGCGAGCAGAUGCCGCCUCGAAAUCACAAACGCCACUAGAAGGCGGCCAAGUUCAGCCAACGGUCUGAUGUGGUCGGCGAUUUCGAGGCUUCACCUCCAACAUUGCCCAAUGUUUACCUAAAUUAUUCAGUUUGAACGUAUUUAUGUGUUUGCAUGUUUUCCAUCGAAUCUAGCGCUCAAAUUCCAGUUUCGUGCGUAAUCGUGAGUGCUUGGUGUGAUCCAAAAAGCAUACACGAACUUAGCACAAAAAACACACACAUUUUUUCUACUAUAUUCUAAAUGCACAAUAAAAUGUACUACAAAUUAUUAUAUUAUUAUACUAA